GACAACAGUAAACAUGUGUCGUAGUUGGUAUCCACUAGUGCUUGUUGUCUUAGUUCAACUUUCGGCGGCAUCAGAUCCACUUAACCAGCUCGAAUUAACAGCAAGAUGGGGAAAUCCCUUCAACGCCUAUUUCCCGCUGCCGCUGACGUUGCGAGAGGCCACUGCGGCUGACGGGCGAGAGCGGUGGCAUGUGGCUCAUCAAGACACUGACCUGAGGACGAGCUUCGUGUCUCACAAAAACGACCCGAGAUUCUUCAUAAUGUACGACAAGAAGGGUACAAUCGCAGGAGUCACUUUUGGAUUUGACAAGAGUGACGUGAACCGAGUUAUGGGGCUGAAUGAGGAUCACAUGUACAUUUUCCCUGACACUAUGUUCCGUUCACCCCAAGACAACAAACCCAUAUGGACCAAGGAUCUGUGGCAUUACACAGUGCUGUUUGCUCAUCCAGAUCAGAUACGGACGACCGGGAUAGUCGAUGACGUCAUUAAUCAGCUGUUCUACUAUGCAGACUCCAAGUGGAACUCAGUGCCAUUGAGGGAGGAAGAUGUGAAUUUUCCUUUGCGGCACCAAGGAUGCUACAACGGCAUGGGUCAACACUACUUCCACAACACUGAUGACAAAACAUCUUGCAGCGAAUGGCAGGGUGCAUUCUUCACUUACCAUCGAGGGGUUUUGGCAGGGUUCGGCGUAGCCGUAUUUGGAUCUUUCCUAGACACCUACUACACCCAAACCUACUACGAGUAUCCUACCUUUGAUGUUGUUAGGAGAAUGUUGCCCAACCGACCACGUUGCAUGGACAAAUGGUUGCCAUUCACGGGGAUCACCUCCGUCCAUGUGUUCCUAGUGAAACAAGCUGCCAAGAUCACUUGUCCCGCCAUUGACAUCGAUAUACUUACUUUAUAACGUCAACACAAUCGUUUUGGUUUGUUAUAAGCUAUUGUAGCUUGUUCUCGCGUUUGUCCUGUUAUAUACACAAUGAAUUGGGAAAGUAUGUAACCUAAGUAUAUUUUGUUGACGGAAAGUAAAUAAAAGAAACGUCUUAUAACACUUAAAACAUAUAUUUACGCUUAUACUGUUACUCACAAGACGGUAAAUAUACAAAAACGAUGGUAAGUGGUGAUCGAUUUCGAUUGGACACUCCAAUCAUCAUCAGACCCAAUAGGCGAAUGACAAGAAUCUUGAAUGGCGUCCCUACUUAUACC